GAAACCCGGAUCCGAUAAGUCCCUUCUGCCCUCCGCCCGUCUGCUUCCUGCCCUAGAAGGGUCUGCCGUAUGACCAUCUCGAAGCCGAAAGCGAACACUUGAAGAAGAAGAGAAGAAGAACAAGAAAAGGGAAGGCGGGAUAAAUCGGAGUGCUGAACAUGCCGGACUACGGGGAGAGAUACGAAGACAACGGCGACGGGUAUGGUUUUGGGUAUGGCGCUGCGUCCCCUCCGGCGAAGGGGAGCGGUUUCGACGACUUAAACGAUUCCAGAUCUCAGUAUGAAUUUCGUGAACAAGUGAGAGGGUCUUCAAAUAGCAAAGACAAGGAUAGGGAAAGAGAUAGGGAUCGUGAUCGAGUCAGGGAUCGGGAUCGGGAUCGUCAUCACAAACAACACAAGGAUAGAAGUGAGAGAAGGGAGCAUGGCCGAGAUAGAUCUGAUGGUCAUGAUCGUUUCCAUAGCCAAGACUCUGAUAGGCACAAAGAUUAUGAUAGAGACAGAGAGGGACGCCGUAGUCAUCAGUCGCGAUCUCGGUCCAAGGGUCAUUCUAGUAGGAGAUCAAAAUCUCGUUCUCGUUCUCGUUCAAGAUCCAAGAGCAAACGUGUUAGUGGCUUUGACAUGGCCCCACCAGCUGCUGCUCUGAUACCUGGUGCGCCUACUGCAGGUCAGCUCACUGGAGCCACUCCUACCAUUCCUGGGAUGUUCCCUAACAUGUUUGCUUUGGCAGCUGGACAGAUUCCUACAAUCCCUAUAAUGCCAAUGCAAGCCAUGACUCAACAGGCUACUCGACAUGCUCGUCGUGUAUAUGUUGGUGGUCUUUCACCAACUGCUAAUGAGCAGACAGUUGCAACGUUUUUUAGUCAGGUGAUGUUUGCUAUUGGAGGGAAUACAGCUGGUCCAGGUGAUGCCGUUGUUAAUGUUUACAUAAACCACGAGAAGAAAUUUGCAUUUGUAGAAAUGAGAACAGUUGAAGAAGCAAGCAAUGCAAUGGCAUUGGAUGGCAUUAUUUUUGAGGGUGCUCCAGUGAAGGUUAGAAGGCCGAGUGAUUAUAACCCUUCCCUUGCAGCUGCACUUGGUCCCAGCCAACCUAAUCCCAAUCUUAACCUCGCGGCAGUAGGACUGUCACCUGGUUCUGCUGCUGGCCUCGAAGGACCUGAUCGGGUUUUUGUGGGUGGUCUUCCGUACUAUUUCACUGAAGUGCAAGUUAGAGAGUUACUUGAAUCCUUUGGGCCUCUUCGAGGUUUUGAUCUUGUCAAGGAUAGGGAAACUGGCAAUUCAAAAGGAUAUGCAUUUUGUGUCUACCAAGACCUCUCUGUCACUGAUAUUGCUUGUGCGGCUCUUAAUGGUAUCAAGAUGGGUGAUAAAACUCUUACAGUAAGGCGUGCAAACCAGGGCACUACACAACCAAGGCCAGAACAUGAAAACAUACUAUUACAAGCCCAACAACAGGUUGCACUACAGAAACUUGUGUACCAGGCUGGAUCGCUUCCUACAAAGGUGGUAUGCUUAACUCAGGUGGUUACUCCAGAUGAACUGAGAGAUGAUGAGGAAUAUGAAGACAUAUUGGAAGAUAUGAGGGGAGAAGGUGGAAAAUAUGGUAAAUUGGUCAGUAUUGUAAUUCCACGUCCUGGACCGAACGGAGAGGCAGCCCCUGGUGUUGGAAAGGUAUUUAUGGAGUUCGACGAUAUUGACGGUUCUACCAAAGCCAGGCUAGGACUAAAUGGAAGAAAGUUUGGAGGGAACGAAGUUGUGGCAGUCUUUUAUUCCGAGAGCAAGUUUGCCCAAGGCGACUAUGAUGGCUAAUUGUUUAAAAUCCGUUACCACGAACUAUUUUUCUCCCUAGUAACAUUGUGUAAUAUACAGUAGUAUUUAUGAAGCAACUCAAUCCGGAUAUGAAUCAGUUUAGGGUUCCUUGUGUCAACCAAUCUUCCCGAUAUGAAUCAGUUUAGGGUUCCUUGUGUGAACCAUUUAAAAACAGGAAUUGAGUAGGCAUGUAUCAAAAUUUCAAAAGGCUUAGUGAAACUUUAAUAAAUAGAUGUAUGUUAAUGCAA